AGGGCGGGAGGGAGAUCCCCAAAUAACAGCUCAGCUCUCACAGAUAAUAUUAUGUAAACCAAAAUCUUCAAUAUUUCAUUCCCCUUAAAAAAAACUCAUUCAUGGUGGAAGAAAAAAAAACCCUCAUUCCUUGUUCCUCCUUGGAAUCAAUCAAUUUUUCAUUCCCCCUUUUGGUUUUCAGAAUCAAAUUCUAUUCUCCUUUUAGCUUUUGACCUAUAAAGAUCCAAUCUUUUUUUCAUUUUUGCUGAAUUCAGUUUCGAGUAAACAGAGAAAGUUAGGGUUUCGAUUUUGAUUUUGAUUUUGAGUUUGUUGAAAUAGAGAGAUGACGAUUGAAGAGGGUUUAUUAGAUGAUAUAAUAAGAAGAUUACUUGGAGCAAAGAAAGGAAGAGUAGUAAAAGAUGUUGAUUUGAGUGAUGUUGAGAUUAAACAACUUUGUGUUACUUCCAGAGCUAUCUUUCUUGAACAACCUAAUCUUCUUGAACUUGAAGCUCCUGUUAAAAUCUGUGGUGAUGUUCAUGGUCAGUAUUCUGAUCUUCUUCGACUGUUCGAAUAUGGUGGGUUGCCUCCAAAUGCGAACUACCUGUUCUUGGGUGACUAUGUUGAUCGGGGUAAGCAGUGCAUAGAGACCAUUUGCCUUCUUCUAGCAUACAAAAUCAAGUACCCGGAAAACUUCUUUCUACUCAGGGGUAAUCACGAGUGUGCAUCCAUCAACCGAAUAUAUGGGUUUUAUGAUGAAUGUAAGAGGAGGUAUAGUGUUCGCCUCUGGAAAGUAUUCACCGAUUGCUUCAACUGCCUACCUGUUGCUGCUAUUGUGGGCGAAAAAAUUAUAUGUAUGCAUGGAGGAUUGUCACCUAAAUUGCAUAGCUUGGAUGAUAUUAGGAAACUUUCUCGCCCUGCUGACGUGCCUGAUCACGGCCUUCUCUGUGAUUUGCUCUGGGCAGAUCCUGAUAAAAACACUGAAGGCUGGGCAGCAAAUGAUAGAGGUGUGUCCUUUACAUUCGGGUCUGAGCAGGUUACUGAAUUCCUUCAGAAACAUGAUCUCGAUCUAAUUUGCCGAGCUCACCAGGUUGUAGAAGAUGGAUACGAAUUCUUUGCAAAACGACAGCUGGUUACAAUAUUCUCGGCCCCAAAUUAUUGUGGGGAGUUUGACAAUGCUGGUGCAAUGAUGAGUGUGGAUGAAUCUUUGACUUGUGCAUUUCAGAUUCUUAGACCUUCUAAGAAAGGUUUCCGUAGUUGCACAAAACCUGGAACACCGCCAUAUAAGUUCAUCGAUGCAUGACAAUGGACAAGGCUAUAUAAUUCAAGAGAAGAAGAAAACGACUGACUUGAGGAUGUUUGGUAACUUUUAUUUCAUUUUUCCUGAAAAGAUUUUCUAAAUUUGGACUGGGCCUUCCAUGGCCUAGCAUGGGCUUUCAGAUGCGGGUUGGUACAUAAUACCAGACUCAGAAAAGUGAAAUAGAUACUAGACAUACGAAAGAAACAUAAGGAUUUGCCUCAUAUACGAAUACGAACCAGAUACCCGUAUGUAAAUUUGAAUUGUAGAUGACCUUAAAACUUUGUUCUUGUGAAUCGCUUGUUUGAUGUUUUUUUUGUCUUUGGCUACUUUUUGUUACUUUGUCGUAUACGGUUCAUGUAAUCUAGACUCCCAGAUACAAAAACAAGGAAAAGGAGAGAAAAAUACAGUUUCUUAUUGCACUUUGGUGCUCUAUGUACAUUAUAUACACUUUUGCAAUUUCAUUUUGUUA